AGCAGCACCAUGCAGGCGGCGGCGGCUGCGUCCGUGCCCUUCUUACUGCUCUGCGUCCUGGGGACCUGCCCCCUGGCGCGCUGCGAACGGACAGGAGACGCUUCACUGGCCGAGCUGGAGAGGGGGCACGAAAACCGCUUCCUGGAGCGCCAGAGCACCGUGCCACUGCGCCUCAUUUACCGCUCUGGCGGCGAGGACGAAACUGGCCACGACGAGCUCAACACGCGGGUGCGGGGCGACCCCGGCAGCAGGCAGCUGACUCACGUUAACCAGGCAAGCUUUCAGGUUGAUGUCUUUGGAACAUUAUUCAUUCUCGAUGUCCUGCUAAACCAUGAUCUGCUAUCUUCUGAUUACGUAGAAAGACACAUUGACCAAGGAGGCAAGACUGUGGAAAUUCACGGAGGAGAGCACUGUUACUACCAGGGCCAGAUCCGAGGAAAUCCUGCCUCAUUUGUGGCAUUGUCAACAUGCCACGGACUUCAUGGGAUGUUCUAUGAUGGGAACCACACAUAUCUCAUUGAGCCGGAAGAAAAUGAGACCUCCCAAGAGGAUUUCCAUUUUCAUUCGGUUUAUAAAUCCAGACUGUUUGAAUUUCCCUUGGAUGAUCUUCCAUCUGAAUUUCAACAAAUAAACAUCAGUUCACCAAAAUUUACUUUGAAACCAAGACCAAAAAGGAGUAAGCGGCAGCUUCUUCGAUAUCCUCGUAACGUAGAAGAGGAAACCAAAUACAUCGAACUGAUGAUUGUGAAUGAUCAUCUCAUGUUUAAAAAACAUCGGCUUUCCGUUGUUCAUACUAAUACCUAUGCCAAAUCUGUGGUGAACAUGGCAGAUUUGAUAUAUAAAGACCAACUUAAGACAAGGAUAGUAUUGGUUGCCAUGGAAACCUGGGCGGCUGACAACAAGUUUGCCAUAUCUGAAAAUCCAUUGAUCACACUACGUGAGUUUAUGAAAUACAGGAGGGAUUUUAUCAAAGAGAAAAGUGAUGCAGUCCACCUUUUUUCGGGAAGUCAAUUUGAGAGUAGCCGGAGCGGGGCAGCUUAUAUUGGUGGGAUUUGCUCGUUGCUGAGAGGAGGAGGCGUGAAUGAAUUUGGGAAAACUGAUUUAAUGGCAGUUACACUUGCCCAGUCAUUAGCUCAUAAUAUUGGUAUUAUCUCAGACAAAAGAAAGUUAGCAAGUGGUGAGUGUAAAUGUGAAGACACAUGGUCCGGAUGCAUUAUGGGAGACACUGGCUAUUAUCUCCCAAAAAAGUUCACCCAGUGUAAUAUUGAAGAGUAUCAUGACUUCCUGAAUAGUGGAGGUGGUGCCUGCCUGUUCAACAAACCUUCUAAGCUUCUCGACCCUCCUGAGUGUGGCAAUGGUUUCAUUGAAACUGGAGAGGAAUGUGACUGUGGGACCCCGGCAGAAUGUGUUCUUGAAGGAGCAGAGUGUUGUAAGAAAUGCACCUUGACCCAGGAUUCCCAAUGCAGUGAUGGUCUUUGUUGUAAAAAGUGCAAGUUUCAGCCUAUGGGGACUGUGUGCCGAGAAGCAGUGAACGAUUGUGAUAUUCGUGAAACAUGCUCAGGAAAUUCAAGUCAGUGUGCCCCUAAUAUUCAUAAAAUGGAUGGAUAUUCAUGUGAUGGUGUUCAGGGAAUUUGCUUUGGAGGAAGAUGUAAAACCAGGGAUAGACAAUGCAAAUACAUCUGGGGACAAAAGGUGAUGGCAUCAGACAAAUACUGCUAUGAGAAACUGAAUAUUGAGGGGACUGAGAAGGGUAACUGUGGAAAAGACAAAGACACAUGGAUACAGUGCAACAAACGAGAUGUGCUUUGUGGUUACCUUUUGUGUACCAAUAUUGGCAAUAUCCCAAGGCUUGGAGAACUUGAUGGUGAAAUCACAUCCACUUUAGUUGUGCAGCAGGGAAGAACAUUAAACUGCAGUGGUGGGCAUGUGAAACUUGAAGAAGAUGUAGAUCUUGGCUAUGUGGAAGAUGGGACACCCUGUGGUCCUCAAAUGAUGUGCUUAGAACACAGGUGUCUUCCUGUGGCUUCCUUCAACUUCAGUACUUGCUUAAGCAGUAAAGAAGGCACCAUUUGUUCAGGAAAUGGG